GGAGUUCCUGAAUUCCAUUACAGGUAAGAGUUAAGAGGGAACGCUUUCAAAGAAAAGCAGCUAAAGAGACGGCAGUUUUGCCACCGUCGAGACGAACCAACGCCUCUCCUUUGAGUACUUCGCCCCGAAGUUGCUCGACGUUUACUCCCAGAAGAAAGUGUGAAUAAUCCCCUGACGUCGGCGAAUUUCUGGUUCACUAGGCUUUCACGGGAUUGUCUACGCAUCGUUUUUUCCUAUCGAGGCGUCUUGGAGUUGUCCUCCGAAGAAUUUGCCUCUUCUUUGUUUUUGUUCUUCGAACUUGAAGCACUGCGAUUCGUUUCAAAGAUUUUCGAUCCUGCAAUUGGAGAAGAUGCAUUGAAAUCUAUUCAGUUUGAUGCGAAGGUCAAGGAUCUAUGCUUAAAUUUUUGUGUAUCUAUCAAGAUCACAGUUGCUUGCUCAUUUUUGGAUCCUUCAGUGGAUGUUAGUGGUUAUGCGCUGGAUUUUUGAAGAGCAGCCAUAGAUCCAGUGAAGUGAAUUGUUUGUUUCAGAUAUUUGGAGGGGAUUAUACGAUUGAAGUUGCAAUUAUUAGGAAUUCAGGUUUAUUUGUUGGAAAAGACAACCUUGGUAUUGAAAAUUUUACAUAAAGCAGAUGAUUUCCUAUGACCAAGAGAGUCUAUUCCAUUUUUUUGAUGGUGAACCAUUUCCUAAUUCCAUGUAUUGUGUAACUGUCACUCCAAAUGAUGUGGGCUUCUAUGAUGAGCAGCAGUAUGGCAGAGAAAGUCAUUAUGAUUUGGUAUGUAGCAAUAUGGAGAAUGAUGAGAUUAUUCCACAUGCUCUUCAGGAACAACUGUCUCAACUUACAGUUGUAGAAGAAGCGUCGGGAUCUACAACUUCAGGGGAGGAACAUUUCCAAUCAGUUCUUGGCCAGGAUUGGUUUGGCCCAUCUAUGAGAAAUUAUAAUUCUGGGCAUGAGUGUGGCCAGGAAGACAUAGAUGAUGCAGGAGCCUCUAGUUCAUGUUCUAGUCCUGCAGAAGCACCAUACGAUGGGGAGGAGUGGUAUUCACUUGAGAUAACGGAUGAAUCCUCACUGGAUGGAGAAGUAGGGAAGAGGUUAAACCAGAUGGUUCCAAUUCCUCAUGUUCCUAGAAUUAAUGGAGAAAUACCCUCUGUUGAUGAAGCAAUUUCAGAUCAUCAAAGGCUGCUAGACAGAUUGCAGUUAUAUGGUUUGGUUGAGCUCAAGGUUCAAGGAGAUGGUAAUUGCCAGUUUCGUGCCUUAUCAGAUCAAUUCUAUCGUACUCCUGAGCACCACAAGUUUGUGAGACAACAUGUUGUUAAUCAGCUCAAGUCUCAUCCGGAGAUAUAUGAAGGAUAUGUUCCUAUGGCUUAUAGUGACUAUUUGAAGAGGAUGUCCAAACCUGGUGAGUGGGGUGAUCAUGUCACAUUACAGGCUGCUGCAGAUUCGUAUGGCAUUAAAAUAUUUGUGAUAACAUCCUUCAAGGAUACGUGUUACAUUGAGAUUCUUCCAAACAGUCAGAAAUCAAAACGAGUUAUUUUCUUGAGCUUUUGGGCAGAGGUGCACUACAACUCAAUAUAUUCAGAAGGAGAGAUGCCCAUAUUUGAGACCAAGAAGAAGAAAAGGUGGUGGACUUGGAAAUGAGCAUUUGGAUGAACAUAUAUAUCAGUGAUGAAUGAUGGUUCUAAGCUACAUCAAUUUCUCUUUGCCUCCUGUAGAAGCAGCUUCAACUCUUUGCCAUUUCUUUUUUCCUUGUGAUGUAUAAGAUGCACAUUUCACUUCGUUUCCUGAUCACGAAUCCUGCUUCGGCUCUUUGCCUUGCUUGUACGUCAUGUCUUUGUAGGCUACAUUCUUUUUUUGUAUAUUCUUUUCAAUGUGAAACUACACAUCCAGCUAGUACCAAUUUUCGCUAUCAUUUCCCCC